UCAUGCCACCCCAGAGAAAAAGUUAUUGCUACUUGGAUUAUUUUAUACUCUUAAUUAGAAUUUGAAGAGUGCUAUUCCCCCAACUCUCAAGCACUUCAUCAUAGUUCCUAUAAAUCCCAUAUUCUUCGAACCCUCUUGCCUCUCUCGCUCUCUCUGUCUCUUCUGGCCUCUCGCUCGUGACACCUUAAGUAAAAAAGGGGCGGCUUUCCUUCAGAGAUUCAAGGGGGUGCCGUAGUGACUGAGGGUUUGGCUUGUUGUGGUUAGAUUGGUUCUGAUAUUAUGCAAAGGGGAUAGUUCGAAGCGAGUGAUUGAACGAUAUUGUGUUGGGGGAAAUAGUUUGGAGCAAUUACAUAGAAGAGGAUCACAAUGAUGAGGCAGGUAUCCAGUAGAAACCAGAGGAGCAAGGGGCUCAGGGUGAAAAAUGUUCUUCAGUUGUGCCUCUUGGCUGCUGUCUGCUUCUGGUUGGUUUACCAGUUGAAGCAUUCUUAUAAUAAGAACAUGACACUAGAAGAGAGGAAGGUUUCGGAGAAGAUAGUCGAGAGCGAGCUGGAGUUCUUGAAACUUGGCAGGAAGGAUCCCGCUCGCGGUGAGGAGAACAGCUCCGGGAAUGGCAUUGAUAAAAAGGAAGAAGGCAGUGAAGAAGUUGAAGAAGAAGACCAAGAUCAGGAAAUCAAACAGGCAAUGGAGGAUGAGGAAACCGGAGGAGAUGGAGAUGAUGAGAUAGAUGAGCAAGAUCAAGAGAGAGAUGAUGAGCAGGAGGAUCAAGAGAGGGCUGAUGAGGAAGCUGAAGAUGUAGAACUGACCAAUGAAGAAGACAAGGAUGGUCAGGGUGAGGAAACGGAGCCGCUGGAUGACCAAGACCCUGAAGAGGAUUCUUCUCACAAGGCACGUGAAGAAAGUUAUAAAAGAGAUGAUGUAUCCAGUGCUGUACUCCGAGAAAAUCAAGCAAAAAGCUCUGAAGAUGGAGAUGGUGAUGUGGGUGAUGAAGGGAGGGAAAACACGGAGGAGAAAUUUGCGGAUGCAGAUGAUAUGGCUCAUGGCGCAGAUGAUGCUUCCAAGGCUAAUGGUGAUUCGAGUGUUGGAGCUGAAGAUGUUUCCAAAGAUCAUAGUACAGAUGUUGUUUUGACAGGGAGCAAGACUAACCGGGAUGACCAUCCAAGCAAGAAUGGGAGUAUUAUCGAGAAAAAAGGGUCAGAGUUUGGAUUAAAUAAUUCGGAGCGGUCUUCCACCGGCAAUCAGAGAGAACUGCAGGCCAACUCUACAACAGCAGCUGUAAGUAACAAUCAUAUAGAAGCACAGGCCAAAUCAAUAUCAGCUGUAUCCAACAAUCAAACAGAAGCACAGACUAGCUCAACAACAGUAUCUGAUGCUGUAGCUGAAAGUGUGCCUUUCCAGAAUGGAACUUCCGGUAGGGAUUCAGUUCCAAAGCACAGCGUUCUGGUUGAGAUAGAAAAUUCUGGGCGAAAUGAGAUCAACUUGAAUGAUGUGGUGAUGGAAGGGCUGCCUGAUAGGUCUAAGGCAAUUGUUGGGCAAGAGGAUGCUGGAGAGCACUCCUCUGUGUCCUUGGGUACAAGCAACAAUGGAGAUCCAAUUCAGGGCGAAUUCACUGAAUCUUUACAUAAAAUGGUCGCUGAAGAAGAGAGAGAUGCUCGUAUAGAUCUGUCAACCUUACCUGCCAUGCAAAAUGAAGUAAAGAGCAUGGCAGAUGAAGCUGCAGAGUGAUGAUGAUUUUAGGAUGUGAAAGACUUUUACAUUGGAUGUGAAAGUUAGUGAGCUUAGUAAUGUGGCCUUGUUAUCUUUGUUUUUCUCGGGUGACCUCGAGCUCGAGCUCUUGCACGGCGUCUUCUCUGAUGAUAUUUCCAUCGAUACAUUCAAAGUAUGCCCAUUACCGAGAUGCAUAGACGAUGGAAUCUAAAGUGUUAAUCAAAGAGUAGCUUUACAUUCAGAACCAGGCCUGGCUUAUUUGGGUUACUUCUCUCUACUUUUGUUAUUCAAGUAAAGACUUGAACUUUCUUCUGGAUGUAUGAGCUUAACAGGGUUUGGAUGAAAAGAGCCAAACUCCUAACCUAUUAACUAUUUUGUGAAUGCCCGUAUGUUCUUGAUGACAGCAACAGCUAAGUUUCUAGCCA